CCUCCUCCAGCAGCAGAGACUACAUCCAUCCCGGUGCGCAAUAUUUCCGAUUAGUUUCCGUUGGGAAGCGCUCGCGGUAACAUCUCGCGCGCGUUCUGUCUGAACGUUAGGCAAGUCAGCCAGUCAGUCAGGUGUGGGGUUCACUUGGAUCUACUUAGGCACAGUUUAGUUGGGCUGGAUUGAAGAAUAACAAAGUCUUCGAAAGUAUGCCUACAAUUGUCGAGCCAGAAGCGGUCCAAUGAUUCGUACGGUCGGUGGUCGGUGUUGAAGUGCAGUAGAGGUGGUCGAACUGAAAUUGAAUCGAUAACCAUUAUUAUUCGAAGUGCACAAAAUCUAUGCUGCUGUGCUGUGGUGUUUUCAUUGUAUUAUGACUACGAAGGACUUUGCAUAAUUUUACGUAAACUUCACAGCAUUGGACCACUGCACUGACUGCGAACCGCGAUGUGACAGCGAAGGUACUUUGCGAAAAGUGAUAAUUUAAAUGAGACACACCAGCGACGGGCAAGGUGAUUUAUAAGCCGAAGACUGCAUAAACUGGCCGGUUGCUUCUGCUAGCCCAUUUAUCGGAGGAUUAACGAACAACUUCGACGCGUUUGGGGGCCAGGACCAAUCGAACGUUUGUGUGGUGGCAAGUGCAGAAUUAUGAAGUUUCGCAUUCCGUAUAGUGAGGUGAUGGUCGAUGGAUCGAAGUACUGAGAGAAGAUAGUCUGUAGACGCGCCAAAAUUUUUGGUUCGAACUGUGGUACGUUUUUGGGGGUGUAAUACCGACCGGUUGGCAUACUAAUUGACCGCGAAUCGUAGUUGUGCGUAAUCGCACGUAAACAAUCCAACACGCCACCAUGUCGUCAACAAGUUUGGACGGAAUCAUUGGGGGAAACCGUGAUCGGGAUGGUUCAUCGCUGGAAACGACACCGACCACGACUACGGUUACUACGGUGGCCUUGACAGAGUCCACGUCCAAGACCGGUAGCAACAACAGUACGGAUGGCACCAGUUGGGCAACGAAUAAGUUGAAUGUCUGCGUUGAAGAUGGGAUUGUUGGUAAGGAGAAAAGUGCCGGUGAAGGUGUUCAGCAAUCGGACAGUCACCACUGUGGGUGGUUCGGGAUGCGACCACGGUGGAUUCAACGGUUCCUGACGCCCAAAUGGGCACUGUUUUGGCUGUGUUGGGCUGGAGCGGUACAAGGACUGGUCGUCAAUGGUUUCAUCAACGUGGUCAUCACCACGAUCGAGCGACGGUUCGGACUAAGAUCGACGCAGACCGGUCUGGUGGCCAGUGGCUACGACAUCGCCUCGUUCCUGUGCCUGGUACCGGUGUCCUACUUUGGUGGCCGGCUGGGAGCGUCCAAACCCCGCUGGAUCGGAUGGGGCGUCGCGGUGAUGGGUCUCGGAGCGUUUGUUUUUGCGCUGCCACACUUUCUGGUGGGACAAUACCGGGCAACCAACUCGGAGCAGAAUGUUUGUCUCGCCGGGGGAGACAGUCUGUUCAAUGAUACCGCUGCUGCUGCUGCCGCCCGUUUACAGGGGGAGAGCUGCACGCUGGCCAACGGUUCCCUGGCACCGGACGGCACUGAGAAUCUGUCGUGGAAUGUUUGGUUUUUCUUCACCGCUCAGCUCCUGUUGGGUGCCGGUGCAUCUCCAUUGUACACACUCGGAGUCACCUACAUCGACGAGAACGUCUCCAAGAAGAUGUCUUCGGUUUAUUUAGGCAUCUACUACACGAUGGCCGUCGUUGGUCCAGCUGCCGGUUACGUUAUUGGUGGCCAACUGCUGCUCUUCUACACCGACAUGUUCGUGGUGGAUUCCUCAACCUUGGGACUAACGCCACACAGCAAGGUGUGGGUCGGUGCCUGGUGGAUUGGGUUCGUUUUUAUGGCUGCCUUCUGUCUGCUGCUGGCGAUACCGAUACUGGCCUACCCCCGAGCCUUGCCCGGUUCGGAAAAGUUGGAAAAAGUCUCCGAAGCGCACCGGGGUGACACCGACAAACAGAAGCAACCGUUUACCAAAAUCAAGGAAAUCCCCAAAGCGCUUGCGGUGCUGCUCAAGAAUCCCACGUUCUUCUUUUUGAAUCUGGCCGGCGCUUCCGAGGGACUGGUGAUAUCGGGAUUUGCGGUGUUUCUGCCGAAGCUGAUCGAAAAUCAGUUUAGUGUGACGGCGGUGUGGUCGGCGCUGCUAAUGGGUAUCAUCACAGUGCCUGCCGGAGGAGGAGGAACCUUUCUCGGUGGCUACCUCGUCAAGAAGCUAAACUUGUCCUGUUCCGGCAUCAUCCGAUUUUGUCUAUUUGCAACCGUCUUCGCUGCCCUCUUCACCAUCUGCUUCUUCCUGUCCUGUCCGAAUCUCACCUUUGCCGGUGUAACGGCUCCGUACUUUCCGCGGAAAAACCUUCGCACACCGGACGCUCGCGCAACGGAAAUAUUUUUCCUGCCAAAAACGCUGGACAACGCAUGCAACAGCAAAUGCACAUGCAGUAAGAUGAACUAUGAACCUAUUUGUGGUGCCGACGGGGUAAUGUACUAUUCCCCUUGCCAUGCGGGAUGUGCCGAAGAGGUGAACCUGGAGAACGCAAAAGUUUAUAAGGAUUGUGCCUGUAUUAACGCCACCUUCGGGUCGAAUGAACCAUACCGAAGCUACGACGCAGUGAACACCAUGUGCGAAUCUCAAUGCAACCACCUGUGGAUAUUCGUGGCACUGUGCUUCCUGGUCAUGUUCUUCACCUUUCUGGCCACGAUGCCGGCCCUCUCGGCCACCCUUCGCUGCGUUCAUGACGAUCAGCGUUCGUUCGCGUUGGGCAUCCAGUGGAUUAAGGUUCGGAUACUGGGCACGAUUCCGGCACCGAUGAUUUUCGGACGACUGAUUGAUGAAACGUGUAUCUUGUGGCAGGAAUCGUGCGAUGAUCAGGGGGCCUGUCUGGUGUACGAUAAUGCGUUUAUGAGCAAAUACAUGCUCCUACUGGCGCUGGUAGGGAAAGCCUGUUCCAUUCUGUUCUUUUUCGGUGCGUGGUUCUACUACAUUCCUCCGAAGGCGAUGGCGAACGGUGACGAGGACUUCGGAAACGAUAAGAAGCAACAGGUUAACGGUGAUGCUGCGCACCACGUGGAUAAAUACUAAUCGACCAAAAUGAACUAAUGAUGCUUUUGCUCUCAUCUCCCCUCAAAAACACGGAAGGGGAAACGAUUUUUUGAAAAUAAUUAGCCAAAAACUUUGAGAUCCUCCUCAUGCUCAAAUACCAUUCAUUCCAAACACUCAUUAGCCAUUAGGGAAAUAACUAUUUCUUGUAACGAUUUUACGGUUUUACACUAAACUUACGAUAAAACAUAACGAACAAGCCAUAAUGUAUCGUGUACGUCUUAUAAGGACAAACAGUAGUAAGUAUUAAAAAGUUAGAAUAACAAGAAACUUCUUUGGAAUAGGUUGGUAAUUGUUAAUAUUAUUGUUUUUAUGAUUAUAAUAUUUUGUCGUGUUGUUCAUAAUAGACUGAGGGUUCGGAUUAAUUUAUUGUGUUACUUUGAAAUCUUAAGAUUAAAUACUGUGUGGAUGCAUUUAAUGUUGUAAAAUUCAGUAGGCCUAUUUUCGCACUAAAUAUCGAAAACACUUUUGCAACACCUUCAAUCUUUUUGUAGAACUUUAAAUUUGACGGCCAUCGUUUGUGUACCUAUAAUAUGCCAAAUAUGUGUACUCUCAGCGAAAUAAAAGAAACAAUAAAAAUCGAUGUCAGUAGAGUUACCAGUGAUUGUA